AUGUCGCGGUUCAGGCCAAGUAACAUCCUUGGUGACCCGUUUGCACUCGCGACCGUUUCAAUCUCAAUUUUAGCAUGGCUGAUCGCGUUCAUUUCAUCGAUAAUCGCUGAUAUCAAAGGCAAAUACCCAACAUAUUCAUGGUGGGCUGUGGCCUACAUGUUUUGCUGCAUUCUCGGGUUGACUGUGGUUUUCGGUACGGAUACUGGUCUUACUUAUGGCGUUGCGAUUGUUGGAUAUCUUUCCGCGGGUCUCGUGAUAACGACCUUGUCUGUGAACUCGUUGGUCUAUGAAGAUAGCUCCGCGUCUCAAGCAGCAGGUGCGGGAUUUAUCUUGUUGUCCAUGGUCCUUAUUGUCUGGAUCUUUUACUUCGGAUCUACACCCCAGGCAACUCACCGUGGAUUCAUCGAUUCGUUUGCUCUGCAAAAGGAACAAGGGAAUAGCAGGCCUAUGUCCUCUGCCUUUGGCGCCCGACCCGCAACGACUUCCAGUCACCCCCCACAGAUGUAUACGUCGGCCCAACUAAAUGGCUUCGAGACUUCAUCACCUGUGUCAGGGUACCCCGGUGGCGCCCCAGGCUCAGAAAUCCGCAGCCCCUCUCAAGCUCGCUUUGGCAACCCGUCUACCACGAAUCUACCUCCGAAUGGUAGCGGGGAUAUUGCCAGCGAGGUUCCUCAACCGACAGAAUAUCCGUACCGAGCAAAGGCGAUUUAUUCGUAUGACGCCAACCCGGAAGACGCCAACGAGAUCAGCUUCAGCAAGCAUGAGAUUUUGGAGGUGUCUGAUGUGAGCGGACGGUGGUGGCAGGCCAGGAAAUCCAGCGGGGAGACCGGUAUUGCGCCAUCAAACUAUUUGAUCCUGCUAUAA